UUUUGACAUUUAGGUCGAUUUGUUCUUGCCUGGGUCGAUCUGGUCUUGACAGGGGGGCGAGUCUUUGGGGCGAGGUCAAAACGGCUGAGUCGAUUUGUCCUGAAAGCACCAUGUCAACUAGCGGAUGGAAAUAGGAAUAAAAUUCAAACUCUUCGUUAGCGCGAGUUCACAGUAAAAGCGCUGUCUUAAUGUAUAAACCUUUGACCAAGCUUGACAAAGUAUCACAUAAAUAUGUAUUAAACAUUUUUUAUAUAAACUAUUUGCCCAGCGUAGUAACACAGUAUAUCUAAAGGCCCUUCUUACCCUGACAAAUAAAAUUAUUAAAACUUUUGUCAAACAUUACUUAAAGUUUGUUCGUAUUUGUAAAAUUAAUUAUUAUUACAGAAAUGAGGCGCACUGUACGAACAUUUUCGGUGUCGCUGAAUACUCCCUAGCCUCUUUGCUUACUUCGUCAUUGAAAGUUGUGUUGUUGAUGUUUUGGGUGAUCAGGCAGUGUCUUUGUAUUCAGAACAGCCCUUCAGUCGCGAUGAGGCGGUUUUACGACAUGGUCAGCGUGGAACCCACCAAGAUCUUCAUGCUCGGCCCUUCUGUAUCUCGGGUAGCCAUCCACGUUUCAAUCGCAGCAUCCAGCUGGAAUAUUGUUCAGGUUUCCUUCUCUACCCGAUCUUCUGAGUUGGAGAACCGGAAUCUGUAUCCGUUUUUCUUUCGCACCAUACCAUCCGACGCCAUGCUGAACAAAGCACGCCUUCAGCUGCUGCAACAUUUUGGCUGGUCACGUGUCGCUAUCAUCUAUGAAGAGGUCGACGGAAACUUGUUCUAUUCGAGUAUGGACGACCUCCGACUCAAGAUGGUUGAUGACGGGAUAGACAUCGUCACCUUUGAAAGACUGAGCACCGACGUGGCUUUCACAGUUCAAAGGUUGAAGGCAAGUCGGUAAUAUGUACUUCCUGCUUUAGGCAUGCCAACAUUUGCACGUAAUCUAGUUACAGCGCCUUGUGGUGGCGCGGAAACAUCUUUACAUGUAACUUUUCCACAGAGAGAAGCUGCUACCUUUUACCAACAAGUACUUUUUACGCGUAAAUUAUAUUCAGUACGCUCAUACACACGCAGAUGGACAGACUGACAAACAGAUAGAUAGAUCCACUAGGCUCCGAAAAUAGUCUCAAUGAUAUCUACCACCCAAAAUAUCUUGUGACCGCUUGACCUCUCGUACCGGGAAAAGAAAGAAUAAGAAAUGAGUAGAUGAGCACCUCGCAAAUGCGCAUAAACGGUUGCUCCCCUUACCAGAUAUACUAGUAGCCACGUAGCUGUGUUACAUAAGACAGAGAGCAGAUAGACAAGGGCGAGAAGAUAGCAGCAGAUAACUAACACAAGACCAUAAUUCAUAAUCUACAACGCCACUUCACCAAUUCUACUACAAACAAUCAAACACAAACUUCCUCUGUCU